CGACUUUCCUUACAACCUCAAUUCUCAUUGAACCGGUGGCCAAACGUCUGCUUAAGAGGUCUCUGGGUCAAAAUGGCUUUACAAGGGGUUGAGCAGACCAUCCUACGGGAUCCGGCUCUGUUCUAUUGGAUCCUGUUCCCUAUCACCAUUGUCAUGAUAUUGACAGGUAUUCUUCGCCAUUAUGCGACGCGUCUUUCGCUUCUGCGAGGAGUCAAUCUGCGUAACAAUGCUCCCGCAGUGCUAUCGCGGCAGGGAUUUGAGAUGCGAAAGAAUUAUUUGAUCUCCGCAUACAAAAGCGGUGCCUUCCUUAAAGACCCUUCCAGCCGCGGUCAGCCACCUGCGAAUCCAAUGACUGAUCCUGCGGGCAUGGAGGCUAUGAUGGGGAUGAUGAAAGGAAAUAUGAUGAUGAUGAUCCCACAGACUUUGAUCAUGAGCUGGAUCAAUGCGUUCUUUUCUGGAUUUGUCAUUCUGAAAUUGCCAUUCCCGCUCACGAUCCGAUUCAAAUCAAUGCUCCAAUCUGGUGUCAUGACCCGUGACCUGGAUGUCAGAUGGGUGUCUAGUCUUUCGUGGUACUUCUUGAAUCUGUUCGGCCUUCAGUCAGUCUUUGGCUUCAUCCUCGGCAGCGAUAACGCUGCCAAUCACAUGGCUCAGCAAAUGGCUACUAUGAACCCUGGCGCAGGAGUCAAUCCGUUCCAACCUGGCCAGGAUCCAGACAAACUGUACCAGAGCGAAGCGGAGAACUUGGAAGUCACGGAGUUCUUUAGUAUUCUGGACGGUAUUGAGGAGAGAGUCCUACAUAACUAUGCCUCAAAGGAAAUUCGCUGAUUGGUGUUGGGUGCGCGGAAACAGUUCUCCCUUAUACUGUUUUAUAUUCAUAUAGAGGAGAGUCAAACAAGUGUGUCUUAAUCCUCCAAACAAUACAAUAUGACUGUGUUGGCUAUCUA